AUUAUUUCCAACGGUUCAACCAUUACAAAAGCAAGCAUAAUAAUUUAUAGUAAUGAUUGUAGUGUAAUACUUUGAUUUUAAAUAGUACUGUAGGUUUGCACUACGAUAUUAGUAGUUUUUUAGCGAUUUAAAUAAAUUUGCAAGUAGUGAUGUAACUUGCAGGUAAUAUCAAGUUAACUGAUAUGAAAUAUUAUUAUUAUUUCAAUUGGCAACAGUGAUCCUGAUGUUUACUUGUAUAGCCACCCAGCAUUAAUCAAGUCAUCAAGUAUGAUUGUAAUGCAUUGAACCCGCAUUCUAGCGGUUUGUACUAGUUGUUAAUGGAAGCAUUGGAUUUGAGAUUAGAUCCUAACCUAUCAGACUAAACAUUUUUGUUGAAGGGUUAUACUGAUAAAACUGCUGUGUUUACAUUAAAUUUUACCGCUACCUUUACAUUUUUAGCAAGAUAUGGAAGAUAGUUUGCAGGAAACUACUGACACUAGCCUUCAAGUUUUAAUGGACAUGGGAUUUUCAAGAGAGGAAUCUGAAGAGGCUUUGGUGAAGAAUGGCUAUUCGGUGGAAUUAGCAGCAGCUUAUUUAUUAAAUCUCAGUGAAGAAGUAGCAGAAGAAUGGGAAGAUGUUGACGAAGGUUAUAAAAUGGUAUUUGUUGUAAACUCAGAUCUAAAAAUGAGUAUUGGGAAAACAGCAGCACAGGUUGCUCAUGGAUGUCUUGGUUUGUACAGGGAGAUUGAACUUGGAUCACAUCAAGAAUCAAGAGAUGAUUUGGUUGCUUGGCUUGAUGAGGGACAGAAAAAGAUUGUUCUGAGUGGGAAAAAAAACACUGAUGCACUGGUGAAGUUGUGCACUAAAGCAAAAGAUUUUGGGAUCCCCUCACACCUAGUCAAGGAUGCAGGACACACUGAAGUAGCUGCAGGGUCCACUACAGUCCUCGCUUUGUUUGGGUCAGAAGAAACUGUUAACAAAGUUACGGGUUCUUUAAGGUUAUUAAAAUGAACUAUAAUAUAGUUUUCCUGUUUA